AUGGCCGCCAGGUCAUGCUCAGGUUACCUCAUGGUUGCCCCACAGACUGCCCAGCACCAAGGUAGUGGAUGUUGGAAAGCAUCCAGCACAUUACCAGGUAUACGGUAUGGGGCAGCCUGAGAGAGCGAGGGCAGUGAGUUCGGCCAUCCACCUGAGGGUU